CACUGGAUGCAACAAAUUCAUUUUGUUAUAAAUGAUGACUUUGAAGGUUGAGUAAUCUUGUCAACGUUUUAAAAGGUCUUUAAAGCUAUUCCCAUUUUAUGUUCACUGUUUUAUUUUCAUUCUUCACUUGGAUCACAAUCAAAAUGUCAGGAAACAAGGAACGAACUUUCAUCAUGGUUAAACCCGACGGUGUCCAACGGGGUUUGGUCGGUGAGAUCAUUAAACGAUUUGAAGCCAAAGGUUUCAAAUUAGUUGGUAUCAAGAUGAAACAGGCUUCUGAAGAACUUCUUAAGAAACAUUAUGAAGAACUUGCUGGCAAGCCAUUCUUCGGUGGUCUUAUUAAAUAUAUGUUAUCUGGUCCAGUUGUCCCUAUGGUAUGGGAAGGAUUGAACGUUGUCAAAACUGGACGAGUUAUGCUUGGUGAGACCAACCCUGCUGACUCCAAGCCUGGAACCAUCAGAGGAGAUUUAUGCAUCCAAGUUGGAAGAAACAUCAUUCAUGGAAGUGACUCAGUUGAAACCGCUAAGCGAGAAAUUGGUCUUUGGUUUGAAGACAAGGAGUUGUCUGACUGGGCUCCAGCUCAACAAUCAUGGGUCUAUGAAGAUUAAGUUAAUUCUAUUUGAUUAUUUCAAAUAAAUUUGUAUCUUGAAUAUGUCCAGACUUUUAAAAGUAAACUAGUGAAAGAAAAAAAC